ACAUACAGCCCGCGGGCUGGGAUUCGAGGCGUCGGAUGUUUGCCGUAGUGGACAUGACGGCAAACUGAUAAGAGUGCCGAUCGCCGUGCGGGGCAUGGAGAUGAACGCUCUACGCAUAUCAAUACGCGGCUCCGAAUUUCUACACAUCAAUUCGCGACGAAACAAGACAAAGCCAGCAGGCUAUCUCAGCAUACCUUUAAACAAGGCGCUAGAGAUGACGGUUCCGGAGCAAGAAUACGUUUACUACCAUGCAGGUGGGAAACGAGGAUCGCGCCCUGUCCUGCGCGGAACCACUGCGAAAGAAACAUUUGAAUCUAUUCCCGUGGUUGACGUAUCCGGACUCUUUUCCACAAAGCUUGCAGAUCGUAAGCGGGUUGCGUUGGACAUUGGCAAGGCAUGUCGCGACGUAGGCUUCUUCUACGCAGAGAACCAUGACAUCCCAGACAACGUGAUCGAGGAGACCUUCCAAGCGGUUAAGAAAUUCUUUGCGAUGCCGAUUGAGGAUAAGAUGGAAGUCCAUCUGCACAAGAGCGCCGCACUGAGGGGUUACGAGCCGCUCUUUGAGACGAAGAUGGAGGGUACCGGACGCGGUGAUAUGAAGGAGGCCUUCACAAUUGGCGACGAUCCAUGCGACCCGGAACAAAACGCGCCUCGCCAGCCAGACCCAUCCACACCGAAGCGCAACUCCUGGCCCUCCGCCUACCCCGAAUUCCGACCUCAGAUGUACGAAUACUAUACUCGCGUCCUAGCCUUCUCGCAGAAGCUCAUGCAAGCUUUCGCCCUCGCCCUCGACCUGCCCGAGCACUACUUUGACGACGCGACAAGCUUCCCAAUGGUCGGAGUCCGCAUCCUACACUAUCAGCCCCAGGAACGACAAGACGCGCGGGAUAUUGGCCUCGGUGCGCACACAGACUACUCGUUCUUCACACUCGUACAGCAGGAGAAAAUCGCGGCGCUGCAAGUCCUGAACGCGAACGGGAUAUGGAUCGACGCACCGCCUAAGCCGCGCACGUAUGUCGUCAAUGUCGGCGACUUCCUGUCGCGCAUCACCAACGGGGCUCUCAAGUCUACCGUCCACAGGGUCCUAAACACAAGCGGCGCUGAACGCUAUAGUAUGCCCUUCUUCUUUAGCCCGAACAGGGAGGCCACUUUGGAUAUCGUGCCUACGUGUCGGGUGGAGGGCGAUGAGGAGAAGGGCGUUAAUGCGGGUGAGUACUUUAUGGAGAGGUUGAGGGCCGCGAGAUGGCAGCAUCCGAGUAACAAUGGAAAGCCGGCGCCGAAAGUGCAGAACGUGUCUACGGGCGAGGUCGCUGUGGGUGCUUGAUCCGGGAAAUAAAGCCUGGCUUAGCGGUCGUUUGGUGGAGAUGUGCGAUGAUGCAGAA